UUGUGCAAAAUUUUUAUUUUUUUUAAUUCUAUUCAGUUUCUAAAGUAUCUUCACUUUUGUGAAGAAAUGGAAUAGCAAAAAUGUGCAUGAUGGACAACACUGACAAUGAAAAUGAUCAUUGUACUACAAUGCAUGCCAAUUCAUAUAUUUCUAUUUCAUUUCUCCAGCAGUUCUUGUUAAUCAGGAGCUGAAUCAUAAUUGUGGUUUUGUUUCUUCCAAACUAAGUGCUUCUAAGUUGAGUUAAAAGCAAAUAGAGCUGCAACCAGAUUUCCAGAUAGUUUUUAUGUGCUGCUAAAUCUCCAGAUGCUCAAUUUUCUGAUAUCUUGGCCAUGAGUAACAGUCCAUCCAUGAGGCAAGCUCCUGCUCACUCCUGUGAUAGCUCGUACAUUAUGCCUGCCAACUCAAGUCAACUCGAGGAGUCUUCUCACACUCAGCACUCAUUUAUGAGACAACUGAGGUUCAGCAGCAGUGUUACUGAACCUGAUGGCAGCAUUCCUGACACAAACAGCACUUUGGCCAUUAUUGGACCUAACAAUGAGACUGAGGUUCCAAGGGUGACUUUUGAAGACCAAGCAGCAUCUUCAGGAUCAACUCCAAGCAAUAAUGAAAACAUUUGGCAGAUGAAUUACCAUGAGGCUGCUAUCUUCCUUCAAGAAGGGGAAGACAAUGAUAAAUUUGACAGCCACCCCAGAGAUAGAGGAUCCUUGCCAGCAUACCUCUUGUCUCACUCUCUGUGGUUUUACUCCCUCGACCUUUUUGCUUCAGUUCUGCUACUGUCUUUGGCUGCUGCUGAGAGACCGGCUGUGUAUAUAUUUAAGGAUUUGAAUGCAGGGAUCCAUGCUACUGUGGAGCUAUUUGCUCUAGGCGUGUUGGGCAUCAGCAUUGUGCUGCAGCUCAAGUGGAGAGGCUGGCGCAAUUUCUCUAAACACACUCGCUCUAUGAUUAAAUGCGGGGCGUGGCUGGUGAUGGUGGCAGAAGCGAUUACCGUCAUCAUCCGCAACUCUAGUCACUUCAGAGCCACGCGAGCCUUGCGCCCCAUCUUCCUUCUUGAUAACCGCUACCUUGGAGGUGUCAGGAGAUUCAUGCGUCAGCUGCUGCAGUCUGUGCCUCCGGUGCUGGAGAUAAUGGCUAUCCUGAUGUUGGUGCUCACAGUCUUCACCACUCUGGGGUAUUAUUUGUUCAGCCCGUACCAAGACGACCCUUACUUCACCACGCUCGGACAAUCUUUUGUGUCCCUCUUUGUGCUUCUCACAACAGCCAACUUCCCUGACGUGAUGAUGCCGGCCUACGCUCGCAACCGCUGCAGUGCCGCCUUCUUCAUCCUCUACCUCGCCGUCACACUCUACUGCAUCAUGAACUUCCUGAUGGCGAUCGUGUUCGUGGUGUUCAGCGGCAUCGAGAAGGAGAAGUUCAGGAAGUUGCUGCUGCACAAGCGCCACGCCUGUCAGCUCGCCUUCCGCCUGCUCGUGUCCCGCAGCUGCCCCCACGCCAUAUCCUACACGCGCUUCACGGGGCUCCUUAAGUUCUAUAAGCCUAAAGCCAACGCGCGACAGUUCUAUCAAGUAUACAUCGCGUGCGGCCUGCAGUGGCGACCCACCGACCCUGAGCCUGCGUGGUACUGCCACCUGCCGGCGCCAGGACCUGCCGUGGGGGCGGCCAUCAGGAAGAUGGUCACCUCACCUGUGUGGGAGGCCUUUGUAGACCUGGUGAUAUGCAGCAAUGGCGUAGAGCUUCUGAUCGUAACUUUCUUCGCGUCCGCGGGGGGCGGCAGCCUGCCUGUUGAGGCGCACGUCUCGUGGUUCCAGCUCAUCUUUAUUGUGUUCUACAGCUGCGAGGUGCUGCUGAAGCUGCUGGGUCUUGGUGUCACUGAGUACUUCAGUUGUGGCUGGAACAUUUUUGACAUCACCGUCACGCUGCUCAGCAUUGCUGGAGUUAUAGCAGAGGCCUUCUAUCGGUCCUUCCACUACAUCGUCAUUCUCAGGCUUCUCAGGUUGUUGCGCCUGUUCCGCAUACGGCGUCGGUACCGGGAGGUAUUCGAGACGAUGUUGCUGCUGGCUCCCCGUGUGAUGUCCGCGUGUGUGGUCAUCAUCCUCAUCUACUACUUCUUCGCCAUCAUCGGCAUGGAGAUGUUCUCACCGUACAACCUUGAGAACUGUUGCGUGAACAGCACAGUUGAGCAGUACUACAAGGCUGACAACAGCUCUGCGUAUCAGAGCUACUAUUACCUCAACAACUUUGACAACAUCUUCAUGGCGGGAGUGACGCUCUUCGAGCUCACAGUCGUCAACAACUGGUUCAUCAUCAUGGAAGGCUACGCGUUUGUGUGUGGUGAUGGGUCGCGCGUGUUCUUUAUGCUCUUCUACAUGGUGAUGAUGGUUGUGAUGAGCGUAGUGCUUGCCUUCAUCAUCGAGGCCUUCACUUUCAGGAUGCAGUAUAAUCAAACCGUCAACAAAAACAGAUCCAAGCCAAAGUCUGAAGUGACGCGCGUGCUGCUGAGCCUGACUCCUGACGAGGUGGAGUUCGUCUACCGCGACGCCCUGGACACGCAAUCGGUGCUGCAGUACGCGCACGACCGAUACGGGGAAACGCGGCUUGUGGCACCUGGCGGCGAUGACGAUGUCGCGAGGACUAUAAAGAAGCGGUCAGGGUCAGUCGUGAGCAACCUCUUGGAGUGGUGGAAGUCCGAGAGCGCGGACGGUCAUGAGGAGGAUGAAAUUGUCACGAAUGACAUUUGGGGAGUUGAUGAAGAUGAGCUGUUCUCUGGUAACGUCCCUGCCGCCAGGCGUUCAGAGCCUCGCCUGAUCGUUAACGACCUGAAUGAGGCCACUAGUUCCUCAGGCGUUCAUUUGUCUCCUCAUAGGACGAGUGGAAGCACCUCACCUGGUGGUGCUCACGAAGCAAACACCCGCACCCUGCGACUGUGGGACGAACCCUUCACAAAUGAACUAACGCUUCGCAGGGACUUGGGUCUGCCAAUCCCGUUUUCUAGUCGACAAUCACCGAGCGGCGAUGGGCAGAGCAAUAAUGCCACUCAAAACAGAUGA